CCGAAACCCAUCUUGUUAGUAUAUCGAGUUCUCUGGCUCGAGAGGAGUGGAUGUUGAUGACGACUGGGACGAGCGCGUGCUGACCCUGGCAAGCAAGAACCUCGAGAAACCGCUUGAGGUCCUGUUGAUGGAAAAGAAUCGCAAGCUGGAGAACGAGCUCACGGAACUCAAGGUCCUCCAUGAAUCUAUCACACAGGAACUGGAGGACGUGCGAACUCGCCAUGAGGUGGCCACCCGCCAGCUCGGUUCACAGACCGAACUCAUUCAACGACUGGAAGAGGACAUCACACGAUUGAACCAGUCGACGGGCGCAGGUGGGUCGGUGGCAGGGAACGGCGGCUUCAAUGGAUAUUUUAUUGGACCAGCAGGUAGUACUCCAGGCGGAUUCCAAAACCCGACUUCACCACCCUAUGGAAAACACUCGUUCUCGGGAGAUGUCAUUGGAGGCGUGGCCUUGGGGUCAGUGCUCCCUACAACCCCGCGGACACCAGGAUUUCCUUCUACCCCAUCACUCAACCCGGACUCUAUGGGAUCUGGCGGACCUGGUGCUGGCCCACUCUCAGCUCCAGCUCCGGCAGACCAUGGCAUUCUGGCGAUCGUAACAAGUCAGCGCGAUCGCUUCCGUCAGAGGAACAGUGAGCUGGAGGAGCAGCUUCGCCAGCAGUCGGAGCAAAUUUCCAACCUCAGGAACGAGACCAGCCAGCUGCAGAGGGACAAUCUGAAGCUGUAUGAGAAGAUCAAGUUCAUGCAGUCAUACCGGGACGAAUCCUCUGGUUCGGGUGUCGGGGGCGGCUACUCUGCAGCGGGAUCUGCAGCGCCUAGUGCUAUGGUCGAUUACACCUCACCGUUCAGGAACACUGGCGUGGUCGGUCGUGCAACAGGCGGUGGAGUGGGUGGCCACUACAAAAAGGACGACGGAGACGAGGUGCAGAUGCAGUCUCUGGAUCCAACGGAUCGGUACCGUAACAUAUAUGAGGAGAGUAUGAACCCAUUCGAGGCGUUCCACAAGAAGGAGGAGAGCCGCCGGUUCAACAGCAUGACACCCGCAGACAAGGCUAUGCUGACGAUGAGCAGGCUGGUCUUAACCAACAAGUGGACAAGGACUAUGCUGGUCGCGUACACGAUGGGGCUGCAUUUCUUAAUGGUCGUGAUGCUCUACAAGAUGGGCACCUUGGAAGAGUGUCGACAUGACCAUGAAACACCCAACGGCGCGAACCCUAUGUUGCCUUCGGACGACUGAGGACGCAAUGCGUAGAAUCAAAUAAAAUAUAAUAAAAAAAAAAGUGCAGAAGAAGC